AUGGCGUUCGGGGACCAGGUCGGCCAGGAGGUCGACCAGAGCGCGGGCGUGAAGUUGCCGGGGUACGUUGGGACCACCGUCCGCUCGCUGACGGACGAGUUCGCGGUCGAGACGGUGGUCGAACAGGUGUCGAUCAUGCUGCAGGUCGAGGGCACUUCGUCACUCGCGCAGCAGAUCGUGCCGAAGGGCGAGUUCGUGGGCCAGGCGUUGGUUGAGAAAGCGCUCCUCGGCGAGCCCGUUUUCCCCGAUCUGGUGGUGAUAGGGGAAUGCGGGGGCAUCGACGGGGAGGGCCUGCAGGAGUUCGAGAACGCCGCGAAGGCGCCUACGGAGGCCGUGGCCGACGCGGAGGCUCAGCAGAAGAUGGAGGCCGCGAGGAAGAGGAGCUGGCUUGCCACGGGCGAGGCCAACCACGCGGCGUACGUGAGGGCGGCCGCGGCGGAGGAGGCUCCGCUGACCGAGGUGGACGAAUUCCUAGGCGACACCGACGAGGCGCCCGCCGAGUUGCUUCAGGGGGCCGCGGUCCGCGGGCUGGAGUACGAGGGCCUUGGCAUCUCAGGGGCCGAGCGUGAGCUCUGGGAUCAAUGGCGUGGAAGGCGAUGGGGGAGUGGCGAGUGGCCGACGGUUGACGAGUGGAGCGGCAUGCGGGCGUGUGCCAUGGUUUUCGCAACUCGGCAGCAGCAGAACGAGGCCACCGCGGCCGCCGAACUGCCCAAAGGCGGGACCACCGAGUCGACUACCGCACCGCCCCGGAAGAAGAAGAAGAAGAAGAAGAAGCGGCAGCCCAAGAGGCUUGCCGAGGUGGAGGGCGUCUUCUCCCUGGAGGUGGGCGAGCUGGUGGUGCUGACCAACCUGACGAGGCUCGUGGAGAACGAUGGGCUGUGGGACGAGUUCCCGCUGACCUCGGGCGUCGCCGUCAACUAUGGGAACGUGGCGGCUUUGGGCGUCUACCUCGGCGACGUGGGUUGCUACUGCCGCCGCAUCGGGAGCGACGGCGACUCCGAGAAGGAGCUGCAGGGCGUCACGCUGGGCCGCCGCGGGCGGCGAAGCUGGUUCGGCUGCGAGGAACGGCGGCAGCGCUACACCAAGUGCCACGCGCUGGUGGAGAAGCUCAGUGAGCUAGACGGCAUGCAGAUCAAGCAGGGCUGUGCGUUCUGGCGCCGCCCGCGACAGGCGGUGCACGACGCCGUCGUGAGAGGGCCAGGCGCUGGGACGCCGCUCGGCAGGCGCAUCGUCGGGGCGCUCGCGAGCGCCCGUGGCCGCGAGGAGUUGCAGGAGACCCACGAUCGCUCUGUGAAGCACAUCUGGGGCUGGUUCGAGGGUGACCAGAAGCCCCUGUCCGAGGACAGCCCCCUGAGCCUGUGGAGGCUGGACGCGCAAGUGCGCAGGCUCCAGACGGGCAUGGACGAGGCGCUGUCCGAGCUGGGCGGCCUGCGACGGCUCGACGUCGAGGUGCGGAGACAGGCCGAGAGCCAGGCGGAGCUGGAAAAGAAGCAGGAGACCGUGGUCGACACCGUUAGCUCGCUCCGCAACAGGGCGGAGAAGACGCUUCGCGAGUGCAAGCAGGACAACGCGAGGGUGGCCAACAUGACGGCCGCCAGCACGGCGAACUUGAUAAAGGACACGCGCGAGCGCUUCUCGGAGGAGGUCGCCGGCGCGGUGAGGAUCAUGGAGGAUCUCUCUGGCGGAGCCGAGGGCCUUCUGCGCGAUGUCCAGAGCCUUAGCAGGGAGCUGGAUACCACCAACAGGCGCCUGGACCAGGAAGUCCAGGAGAUCCGCACCGACCUGGACACCAUGGAGACCAGGCUGCGCAGGGACAAGCAGGCCAGCGAUGAGACCGCGCAACGGCUGACAGACCGCGUGGCAACCUCAUCGGACGCCUCGGAGGCCGCCACCAGGGGCCUCGAACACCUUUCUCAGGUGGUGAGCAUGGCGCUGCAGAGCGAGCGUAUGGCAGUGGCGCUGGAGCUCCAGGAUUUCCUGGACCGGAAGGAGCGCUCCCAGCCACGCGGGUUUCCAGACCUCCCCCGUCUCCUGCUGCCGCUCCUCCAUAGGUCAUUUGUCCCGAGUCCGGUCGCAGAUGCGAUUCCGAUGUUAUCUUGCGUCUGA